AUGACAUCAUUAUCAACGAUAACUGAUGAUGAAAAAAAACGCUAUAUCAUUAUAAGUUAUAUGUUUGAAUGUGCGGCUAAACUUCGAUUAAGUAUUGUAACAACAGCAUCAGCUGCUGUUAUUUAUCAUAAAUGUUCUCGUUAUCUUGAAAAAUCAGAUUUUGAUCAAUAUACUUUAGCAGCAACAGCUUUAUCAUUAGCAAGUAAAUAUGAAGAAGAACAUGUCAAAAUUCGAGAUUUAAUCAAUGUUACACAUAGAACACUUCAUCCAAAUCGACCACAUUUACGUAUAUCAAAUGAAUAUUAUCGUUUACGUAAUACAUUAGUAGAUUGUGAAUUAUUUUUAAUUCGUAUACUUGGUUUUCAUUUUCAAUUUAAUCAUCCAAAUAAAUAUCUUCUUCAUUAUUUUGAUACAUUAAGUAAAUGGAUGACAAUAACACCAUCAACACCAAUUAAAAAUAAUAUUAAUUUAAUUGAUAUUGCUAUGUCUAUUCUACAAGAUACAUAUUAUGAUUAUACAUUAAUUAAAGAUUUUUCACCACAACAUAUUGCAAUUGCUAUUAUUUAUCUUGUAAUUAAAACUUAUGUUUUGGAUAUACCAGGUGUAACAAAUGAAGAUGAACAUAUUCAUUGGAUGAAAGUAUUUAGUUCAACAAUAACCAAUGAUAUUCUCGUUCAAAUCAUUACUCGAAUUAAUACUCUCUAUAAAUAUGUUGAACGAACAUUAGAAAAUUCAUCAUCAACUAAAUCUCAUUAG